AUGGCCGCCACGCAAGAUCUCCCACCCGCAAUCCUCACCCUCCCAAAAGCAACAAUAAGACCCUACCACAAAACCGACGCAGCCGCCCUCUCUACCGCAGCAAACUCACCCUCCGUAUCGCGCUUCCUCCGCGACUCCUUCCCCCGCCCCUACACCAUCGCUGACGCAGAGUCCUGGAUCGCGUUGAACUCCAGCGACGGCGGCGCGCCGGUGUAUAACUGGGUCAUCGCAUGUCCAGAGACUGGUAGGCCCAUGGGUAGCAUCGGACUUGUGCCUGGGAAGGAUGUUUAUGCGAGGGGGUAUGAGCUCGGGUAUUGGCUUGGGGAGGGGGAUUGGGGAAAGGGAGUUAUGGGGUGUGUUGUGCCUGCAUUUGCGAGGUGGGUUUUUGAGGGGAUGGAUGGGGGGGAGGAAGAGGAUGGGAAUGGGAGGAGGAAGGUUGAGAGGGUUUGGGCGGGUGUUUUUGAGGCGAAUAAGGGGAGUCAGAAGGUUUUGGAGAAGAGCGGGUUUGUGUUUGAAGGGAGAGCGAGGAGGGCUGUUGUUCGGGAUGGGGUUGUUAUGGAUGAGCUUUUGUAUUCUGUUAUCAGGGACGACUUGGCAAAGUGA